UCAGUAAUCCUGGCCGAACUGCCGAAGCCUUCAGCCGUGCGUUCGCCCUCGCUGUCGACGGCGCGCCGCCAUCCUCCUCCGUCCCCGCGCCGCGCUGCGCCGGCCAGGAGGGCGGCCGCUUCUUCGCCCCCUUGACCCCUUCCCGUGCUGUUCCGAAUUGCCGUGAGUUCGACACUCGAUCUGCUGCUCCUUCUAUCCCUGCUGCCCCGGCGCGAGCUUCCUCCCUCGCUGACAAGCUCCGUCCGACUGCGCCAGCGCCCUCCUUGUCUACGGCACUCUGAAUUAUAGAAUUCUGAACCCAAGCGCACUGUGGUGAACAUUCGUUCAAGGAUUCCGAGCAACUGUAUUGAGGAUCUGAAUCCUGACAUACUUGGCAAAUGAGUGCAGGUGGCGCUUUUGGUGGAAAUAGGGGAGUGAGGCCAGUACCUCCUGAGAAAGGUGUAUUCCCUCUCGAUCACUUGCAUGAGUGCGAUCUGGAGAAGAAAGAGUAUCUUGCCUGCCUGAAAUCAACAGGAUUUCAGUCUGAAAAAUGCCGGCUGUUCUCAAAGAAAUACUUGGAAUGUAGGAUGGAGAGGAACCUGAUGGCAAAGCAAGAUAUGUCAGAGCUUGGGUUCACUAAUGCUGAUGGCGUGGAUGCACCCAACGGCAAGAAAGACAAACUGGAGAGUCCAGCAAGUGAUUGAAAGAGAGAAAAUAGAUGUUUAUUUUAUAGGCAGCUUUGUCUGUAUCUUUUGCAGAGUCCUUAUCUAGGAAAACCCUUAAAGUACAAAGAGGAGAAUAACAUGAAAAAUGAUGAGAGCUGACGCUGAAAUGUUGUAGUUUCUUGUUUAUUUGAUGGAAUUUUCAGAGCUAAGGAUAGUUGAACUUAUUUGGAAAUAUAUUUAUUGUGGAUGUACAUCUCAAACUCUUCGAA